AAGGUCACACCAUGGCAGAGACCAUGCACAGUUUUGCCACCAUCUUUGCCAACACCAGCUUGGUAGCAGCUUCUUGGCCUAUGGAGUCACCCUUGGAGAAAAGGCAACAAUUCAGUGAGGAAUUUAACAAAGUGAACAUCCUAAGAAAAGUGCCAGUUCUGAAGGAUGGAGAUUUCGUUCUAGAAGAGAGCACAGCCAUUCUUCUCUACCUGACACGGAAAUACAACACGCCAGGUUACUGGUACCCUCCCGACAUGAAGAAACGAGCCCGGGUGGACGAAUACCUUGCCUGGCAGAAUGGCACCAUUCGGGCGAGUGCCUCCAAAAUCCUCUGGCUCAAGGUGGUGAUCCCGCUCUUCCUAGGCCAGCAAGUGUCCCCAGAGAAGGUCCAUGAUGCGGUGGAGGAACUGAACGCUGCCGUACAGAAGCUGGAGGACAAGUUCCUGCAGGACAAGCCCUUCAUCGUUGGCUCAGAGAUCUCCCUGGCCGACCUGGUGGCCGUCGUGGAGCUCAUGCAGUCCGUGGGAGCCGGCUGCAACAUCUUCGAGGGUCGGAUUAAGCUCCAAGAGUGGUGCAAACGGGUGGAGAUCACAUUGGGGAAGGAGCUCUUCAUGGACGCCCACAGCCGGAUCCUGAAUCCCCAAGAACUGAGGGACAUCGUUAUUGACCCCUCUCUGAAAGCACAGAUGAAGCCCAUGCUCCUGAAGAUGCUCAAAUAAAUAAAUAAAUAAAUAAAUGAAAGAAAGAAAUGGGGCUCCUGCGCACUCCCAUCCACUCUCUCCUGGCGUCCUACCACUGGGCUUCAGGCUUGGCUUCUAAUGAUACAGUGCCGCUAGCCACUUUCCUUACUGCCCGGAGCAGCUCAGGCAGAGAAUGGGGGACACUGGAAAUAGUUACGUCUGCUUGGCGGUAAACACAUUGCCACCUUCAUCGGAGGCCUUCCAGGCGACCAGGCCCCCACCCUUCCCUUGCAACCCUCGAUGUUGAACAAGGUUUUGUACAGAGCCAGUUUGGU